ACCGACACACACAUACACACACACACGAUCGCGUCCACAGGACCAUAACAAAGAUCAGAGUUUGAAAGGAGGAAGACGAAAGACGAGCUCCGGAUCGACAGUCUGUUUAAAUGCGCAUCUGUUGUGGAACAUCUCCUGACGAACAGCUUCUCACUUUCUGAUUUUUGAUCGAAGCCAAGCGCUGAGGUUGAAAUUUCAGAAAUGACGGACGCCUUAAUACCAAACGGAUGCGAGAGCAACGGAGUGGGAGAGAAAGACUUCUUCAGAAGGGGCUGUAACCCACUGGCUCAGACCGGCCGCAGUAAGCUUCAGAACGAGAGAGCGAGCCUCAAUCAGCAGAUCAUCAAACAGAUGAGAAUGAGAGCGGGGGCUGAGAAUCUCCUCAAGGCCACAGCAAACAAUAAAGUAAAAGAUAUGGUUCUGCUGGAGCUCAGCUAUGUGAACUCCAACUUGCAGCUUCUUAUGGAGCAACUGGAAGGCCUGAACAGUUCAGUAGAGGUUUAUCAGAAUGUACAAGAUUCGGCCAUAAUCCCUCUCAUUCCUUUGGGCCUGAAGGAGACAAAAGAUGUUGACUUUUCUGUACCUUUCAAGGAUUUCAUCCUUGAGCAUUACAGCGAGGAUGGCACACGCUUUCAGGACAAAAUUGAUGAUCUGAUGGACCUCAGAAAGGCAUGUUUUACUCCAAGCCGUAGUAAUACAGGGAUCGAGCUACUCGCCAGCUACUUCAGCCAGCUGUCACUCCUGGAGAGUCGAUUCUUCUCCCCCAACCGCCCCAUGGGCAUUUUCUUCACAUGGUACGACUCUUUUACUGGCGUGCCAGUGUGCCAACAGAAUAUAUCCCUGGAAAAGGCCAGCAUCCUGUUCAACAUGGCUGCUCUCUACACCCAGAUUGGCAUACGCAGCAACAGGCGCACGCAGGCCGGCCUAGAGGACGCUAUCGAUGCAUUGCAAAAAUCAGCCGGGGUGCUCCAUCAUCUGAAGGAAACAUUCACACACACACCCAGCUACGACAUGAGCCCAGCUAUGUUGAAUAUGCUGAUAAAGAUGAUGUUGGCUCAGGCCCAGGAGUGUGUGUUUGAAAAGAUCACGCUGCCUGGAAUCCGCAAUGAGUUCUUCAGCCUGCUCAGGAUGGCACAGGAAGCUGCCAAGGUGAGAGAGGUGUAUGAACAUGUGCACCAGUGCAUGAUCCAUGCCCCGGUUAAAGACAAUGUGCCCUUUUUCUGGUCCACAAUGGCAGAAGUGAAGGCCCAUCACUAUCAUGCUCUCGCCCAUUACUUCAUUUCCACCUCCCUACUGGAUCAUGAGUUGACCCUCAGUGAUGAUGAGGACAAGCAGGAGAAAGCUCUCUCUCAGGCGUAUGACACUAUGCCUGAUGGACGCUCUGCCCUUGAGAUCCUGCGUAAGAAACAGGAGCGGCACCGCAUAGGUAAAGCUCACCUGAAGCGUGCCAUAAUGAAUCAAGAGGACGCGCUGCGUAACCAAAGCUUGUGCCCUCACCUCCGCAAGCUGGACAUCCUCAGUAAAAUUCUUGAAGCCAGCCACAAGCGCUCGCUUGAAAAAUUUGAGCAAAACGAAACAGAAGAUGACUUCACCGAUUAUAUGGAGGCGCCGGACAUCAUCUCAAAAACUGAGCAGAAAGCAGAUCUGGACAUUCCUGCCACCACUAAGGUGAAAGUCAAAGACCUAUUCCACCAACUGGGCCCGUUGUCCAUAUUCUCAGCUAAACAGAGGUGGACUGCACCGCGCACGCUAAGGGUGAAGGCUGAUGAAAGAGACAUAGGUUUCACACUGAAGGGGGAUUCACCUGUCCAGAUUCAAUCACUCGACCCGCUCUGUCAGGCAGCUGCGGAUGGCCUGAAAGAGGGUGAUUACUUGGUUGCCGUUGGAGAUACAGACUGUAAAUGGAUGGGAGUGAGUGAUGUCAUGAAGCUGUUAAAGGACGUGGACGAGGAAGGAAUCGACAUAAAAGUCAUCAGCAUGAUGGACAACAGCAUCCAGGCCAUGCCCACAAAAAGUGCCACGUUCUCAGGCGGCCUUCCAAAAACCUACUCCAUGAUCUGCUUGGCUGACAAUGACGAAGACAAAACUUCUUCAAAAACACGCAAAGUCAGCAAGAAGAUGUCAUUCCUCAGCUGGGGGCUGAAGAACAAGCACAAGAGCGCCAGCACUCUGAGCCUCCCCACAGCCGACUACAAACCCUCCAUCCCCAGGUCCUUCAACGACAGUAGCCUCUAUUAAUCACACAGACACUGCCAACACUGAACCGCUGGAUGUGGCACAGUGCUUUCAGGUACAAAGUGGAAAUAUAGUGAAGGAACAAAGACUUUUGCACACAGAUCUUGGGACAGAUUAAACAGUAAAAAAAAAUUGUUUAUUUCUGCAGGCAAAACGUUUCUUGUCCUGCAAGUCGUGCUCGUACAGUUAACAUGAACAGAAUAUAAUUAGAACAGAUAAAUGUUUUUUGUAAAUCUAGAAAUAUAUAAAUCUGUUGGAUAUCUGUUAUUGUGUGUGUGUGUGUGUGUGUGUGUCAUACACAGUAUGGGAGGGACAUUUUUAAAGCAUAAAAAGUCCUACAGGAAACUGAUACUUUAAGACACAAUCUUGCCAAUAGUUAUUAGAAAACAGGAGGAUGCCGUGCUGUUACCCAUCAAGAACUGCUGCUGCUGUAAAUAUUCUUAUUUCAGUGAUUUAUAUCGUUAGGGAAAGACGCUUACUUCGGUUCAAAAGUAUGUUUGUGUAUGUACAUAUUUUUUUCUUUAAGCGCAUCUCCCCACAGUUCAACACUAAGGAAUAAAGUAAAAGAUUCACCAAAGACUUUACGCAACAUGGCCAUAAAACAAAAAUGUUAAAAUGUUAUGGCGAGGUUCGAGUGGGAUUAUACUGAGAGUGUUAGUGUGUGUAAUGUGAAUGUUCAAUGGGUGGUUGAUGCAUUGGGUUAAUCUACCAGUGCAGUGGUUGUUGUUUCUGUAUUAUAAAACCAUGCCUUAUUAUUCGUGUAGACAGGAAGAUGAGUUCUGUCGGGACUCUGGAGUUGCUCCGGGUCCUCGAGCCUGAAGGAAUAAAGAUAAACCUCAUUCAGUGUGGAAAGUCUUUAUAUUAUUCUUGCUUGUGAUGUAGGCUAUUUGCUAACACCUUCUUAAGUGUUAGACGUAUUUCGCUGUCUACAACGUAGAUACUUAUACACAUUUGAUAAUCAAAUAAAUAAAAUGCACAUAGAGGAAAAAGAUCUAGAAAUAAAAUACGUAUUCAUUCCUUUUGAUGUUUUUAGAAAUCUCGUCCCACUGUGGCCAAGUUGCACAUAAGUGAUGCCACAGGUGAGGUGUAAAGAUUUUAUGUUUGUGCAAUUAAGUAUUUGACUUCUUCACACUAUUUUCUAUUCAUCAAAUGACUUCUCUAGUGUUUUAUUUGUAUUAUUUUCCUUAUAUGUCUGUGAGUGUGUUUAUGGUGUGUUUUUUGAAUGUGUUAUUCAAUUUAAAGUGACUUUUGUCUUAUACAUGUCAUUGUUUCUUUGUACACCAGAUUUGCAAUAUCUAGAUUUAUGGAUCUUGGGGAUUUUUAAUAAAAAUGAAAAUGAGAUUAAUUUUAGACGAUGUUAAGACCUCAUCAGAUGAAGUGGAGGUCACAUGCAGGUUGAUUGUUGCUCCUUGAUUAUGAUUAUAAUAGCGCACUAUUUUAAAAGGCAUGUUUAUAUUUAUAUAUUGUGGGUCAAUUGUUAAUAUAUUAGUAAAUGUAAAUGAGCCUUAAAGGGCAAACCUCCAUAAUGGUACUGUAUCCAUUGGGGUUUUGGCAUUUGGAUUAUUUUCUUUUUUGUGGUUUGUUUAGUUUCUUCGCUUUUCUGUUGCACUCUACUGUUAAUUCAGAGUGGAAGUGAGGCUCAUUUGGUGAUUUUAUUUUUUCUGUCACAUUGUUGUAUACAUACCUGAAAUAAAAGAAAUAAUGGGUGAUA